AUGUUCUCACCGUCACCGCCCCCGGUCGACAAGAAACCCAAGACCAGGAGGACGACUCCCAUGUCAAGAUGCCUCUGCUCUACUAUUGCUGCAUUCUGGGCUCAUGCUCAUCUUCUGGCUCAGACAGACAAGGCAUGGAUCUAUGUUGCCAACAUGCCACCAUUUCGCGUUACCAAGAUGUCGAGGAACACAAAGAGGAUAUUUAGAGAGUACAAAGUUCACUCCAAUGUUGAUGCAACAUUCAAGGCAAUGUCUAAACAUUUGACCAUGCAUGGCUUCGACAUUGAUCUUCCGUUUGUGCCUGAGUGCUCAAGUUUCUAUCCCAACAUCUCAUCCUCACCGUGCUCCGAGACGUUUAAGCAUUUGAACGGCUUUCCUGAAGACGCGAGCGGAUAUUUCAUGGAGUACAUUCGCCCUUUGAAUGAACACCAUACCAAGUAUCUCAUCAGGCGAUACUUGACCCGUAGCGCCCAGGGCCAAGCUCUCAGCACCUGCCAAUCCAAACACUUCCUCGCAAAGGUCUACCUGGGAGACACCAAACCACUGUCCGAUCCAUGGAAUACUGACAUGCAUGACCGUCCAGCUUAUUUGGACCACCUGCUUGCAGAGCGGGUCGAAGUAUCGUAUCUUGCAGCCUCUAUGGGUGCGACGCUCGCAAUACUUCACUGGAGCUGCGGCGUCGAUGCCCGAGGCGUUGAAUUUGUCCUUGGGAGAGACACCCGGGGCCACGUACAGUUCUGGCUGAUCGACUUUGCCGAUUGCGCAACUUUUCCCAAAACCCCCGAGGCAGUCGUCACGCAACUUGUAGAUGCAGUGAUGGAGAAUGAGCCGUUCUGGCCACGGUUCAUAAACAUCCAAGCCUUGAGAAACCUCUGGGCGUGCUUCAGAGACGCUUACCUAGAAAUGAGCGAUUUUAUCAUGACUGACGCAAUGAUUGAUUAUGACAAUGAUGCUGUGAGGGCAUUGCCAUACUUAUUCAUGAUGGAGUUGGAAAAAAUAAGAGGCUCGGGUCAACUUCUGGCAUAA